GACCUCGUGUCCUGCUUCGGCCUCAUGGCCUGGUGCUGGUCGAAAAUACAAGGAGCAUCUGGUCAUCGAUUCCCACCCACCCCUUUUCCACUUCUUUCCUACUUCUAUCGUCACGAAAUGGCCCUAUUCACCGACCACCCGUUCAGACAUGUCAUCAAAGGCAUUCUGGCUCUGGCCAUGGGCCAUUUAAUCAUGAAAAUGAUGCCCCACUCGAUUCAGGUUAUUCAUCUGACUCAAACAUCAGUAACGAUUUUAGCGAUCGGGGCACUUAUCGUAUUGGUAGUGAAACACCACAGAAACGGCGGGGACCCGGAAAACAGAGUCUUGUCACAAUCGCAGGAGGAGUUAAUCUUGAUUGCGGCGUUCGGGGCAUUCUGGCUUGCCUUCCUCUUGGCUAUGCGCGCGUGGAACCAGAAUAGUGUCGACAUCGACCUGGCACACCCACGCAGCAUGUUCCAGUCGAGCACUGGUGCCGCCCAAAGCAAUGUUGUCGGUGCUGGAAGCCGAGGAAUUGCUGCAGCAGCACAGGGCAGGCCGCCUGCAGUGGCGUCUGAACGGCUUCAAGGCGCAUCAAGUUAUACCCGACAGCAAUACAAGCCUCAAGCCGGAUACCGCAAACCACACCCAUGCAACCCGGGUGAUGCUUAUUGUGUCGUCGAGGAGUGGACCUUUUACUGAGGGUGCAUGACAAUACACGAUCCUAACGUUUCUUGAAAAAAUGUUUGUAUGGAUUGCGGUUGGAUUUGGGUGUAACGGUAGUCUUCGAGUAUAUAUCUUGUUUUCUAUGGCGUUGGUGUAGAAGAAGUGCAAGUACUCCAGGAGAGUAUCAAUCAAAAUAUAUUGAAUUUCUGCAAGAUAA